GUACGCGCGCAGCCGCGCAGGUCCGCUCACUUGUCGCGCGUCUGCUCCUCAUGGAAGGACUGUUCCGCAUGCGCGUCAGCGCCUUCACGCCCAACUUGCUUCUGGCGGCUUCUCACGGAGUCCUCAAGUCUCACGGAGUCCUCAAGUCCCUGCUGGAGAAACCCGUCACGCACCAUGAAGUGUUCCACAAGGACAAGAAGUUGGAGGAGGACUUCAGCAUCCCUCAGUCGGCCUUCCUGGGCCCCACCUUGUGGGACAAGACUCUGGACUAUGACGGGGACAACUUCCAGAUGGAGUACAUGGACCUGGAGGAGUUCCUGUCCGAGAACGGGAUCCCCGUCGGUCCCGCCCAGCACCAUCCUCCCCUCAUGGCCCCGCCCUCGCCCCCCGCGGUGGACCUCAGCAACCAAGCCUCCACCUCCGUGUCGCCAAACUACCUGCACGGCGGCGGGGCAGGUCUGAGCAACACCGUCGACCCAGACUCCAUCCGGGUGGCGGUGAUCUACGAGCCCGACCCGGCCGAUCUAGCGCUGUCCAGUGUACCGGGCCAGGAGGUGUUCGACCCCAGGAGGCGCACGUUUUCCGCGGAGGAGUUGAAGCCUCAGCCGAUGAUGAAGAAAGCUCGCAAGGUCUUCAUUCCCGAAGACUUGAAGCAGGACGACAGGUACUGGGCCCGGCGCAGGAAGAACAACAUGGCGGCCAAGCGCUCCCGCGACGCCAGGCGGCUGAAGGAGAACCAGAUCGCCGUCCGAGCCAGCUUCCUGGAGAAGGAGAACAGCGCCCUGCGGCAGGAAGUGGCCGCCGUGCGGCAGGAAGUGGCCGUCAUGCGCAAAGAGCUCGACAGCGCCACGAACAUCCUGACCAAGUACGAGGCGCGGCACGGGAGGCUGUGAGCGCGCCACACACACACACACACACACACACACACACACACACACACACACACACACACACACACACACACACACACACACACACACACACACAGUCCUACUGCCUCCACUGCAAAACACUUUCAUAAAGUGGCCACCAGAGGUCAGCAGAGCUGCUUAUGGCCUCUUACCAACCAACAUGUCUGUUUCCACGGCAACUGUCACUCGGCACUCUUUGAAGUGAGUGUAACCAAUUAGAGAGCAGCGUGUCUGAACCCGCCCCUUCUCACAGACUCCGCCCCCUGCCGCUGCACUCGUACUGUACACAAACGUCUACGUCAUCUUCCUGCGCUCGCACAAAAAAAUGACAUUUUAAAAUGUCAAAUCUCCAAAAAAAACAAACGUUUUUUCAAAUCCCUCAGAGUUCGUUGUCGUGUUUGAAGCUCAAGUGUGCUUUGAGUAAAAAUGUUUUCAGCGAUGAACCCAAAGCGCAGCGGACAUGUUUUAUUUUGUUAGCUCAGGAAGCUAACGUGUCGCUGCUAGCGCUAGCUCAUUAGCGAUUAGCCGCAAAGCUAACAUGAGCUUUCAGGACAACAAGACAAGAUUCUGUGACAGGAAGGUGAUAUGUUUGGAAUAUUAGAACCACAACAUGGAUUCUUUGUUUUGGUUUGAUUCCGUUAAGAAUGCAAACUGCAAUAACUUGGCUGCUUCUUCUUCUGUGUUACCUGGAAGGCUACGAGUGCCGCUCAGUGCUGCCCCCCACUGGCAGGGCGAGGCAUGAAUGUAUUUUGACUGAUCAAUGAACUGGACUACUGAUCAAAAUACAACCUUUAUAUAUAUUGAUGAAUAUAUUAAACCUUUAUUGGAUAUAUUGAUGAAAAUAUUGAACCUUUAUUGGAUGUAUUGAUGAAUGUAUUAAAAUGUUGAUAUUGUUUUGUACAGUCUCUUCUCACACUUGGAUAUUUCAUGUGUAUUUUAAAAAGUAUUACUAAUGAGUGGAUGGUGAAUGGGUUGUACUUGUAUAGCGCUUUUCUACCUUUCUAAGGAACUCAAAGCGCUUUGACACUAUUUCCACAUUCACACACACACAUUCACACACUGAUGGCGGGAGCUGCCAUGCACGGCGCUAACCAGGACCCAUCAGGAGCAAGGGUGAAGUGUCUUGCUCAAGGACACAACGGACGUGACUAGGAUGGUAGAAUGUGGGGAUUGAACCAGCAACCCUCAGAUUGCUGGCACAGCCACUCUCCCAACUUCCCCACGCCGUCCCCGUCCACUACAAUAUUUCUUCAGAGACGACAUUUAAUGAUGUUUAUUGUCUACACCAGUGAUUUUCAACCAGUGUGCCGCGGUACACUAGUGUGCCGUGAGAGAUCGUCAGGUGUUAUUAUUAUUUAAUAUCUCCUAAUUAACCAUUGUCGGGUGUCUGUGCUAUAAUAAAGUGCGGCAGAUAAUGUAAUACUCGAUAAAAACGAUAAAAAAUGUAACACAACCACGACACAAACAAACAAUAAUCAAUCAAACAGAGGAUUUAUAACCUUUUCCAGCACAACUGCUUUCUGUUCAGGAGAGAACACACAGAAGAUAAUACAAAUAACAACAGAAGAAAUGAACAAAUUAAAAAGUUGGUUUGACAAAAACAGACUAUCUUUGAAUCACAGUAAAACUAAAAUAAUGUUAUUUGGUAACAGUAGAAAAGAGCAUCAUACACAAAUACAAAUAGACAGAGUAGACAUUGAAAGGGUAAAAGAAACAAGAUUUUUGGGAGUAUUAAUAGAUGAUCAAAUGAACUGGAAAUCUCAUAUACAAAACAUACAACAUAAGGUGGCAAAAAACAUUUCAAUAAUGAAUAAAGCAAAAUACGUCCUGGGCCAAAAAUCACUUCAUAUUCUCUACUGCUCGCUAGUGUUACCAUAUCUGAGUUAUUGUGUAGAAAUAUGGGGAAAUAACUACAAAUGUGCGCUACAUUCGUUAACCGUGUUACAAAAAAGAUCAGUUAGAAUAAUACAUCAUGUUGGAUAUAGAGAACAUACAAACCCUUUAUUUAUAAGGUCAAAAAUAUUAAAGUUCGGUGAUUUGGUAAAAUUGCAAACAGCUAAAAUGAUGUACAAAGCAAACUAUAACCUGCUACCAAAGAAUGUACAACAAGAAAUAUAACCUUAGAGGAACAUUUGUAUGCACGUACAACACUUAGAACCUUUAGCAUAUCUGUAUGUGGAAUUAAAUUAUGGAAUGGAUUAAGUAAAGAAGUUAAACAUUGUACUAAUAUGAUCCAGUUUAAGAGGUUGUUCAAAAUAAUAGUGCUUACAAAGUACAAAGAAGAAGAAUUAUUAGAAAUACUUUCAACCUUAUUGAAAGUAAGAUAUUCUUCAUCUCAGUAUGUUAAUAAUGACUGAAUUAAUUAAUUAGAUAUUACAAAACUGUUGUGUGUACUAAUUCACAGAUGUUAUUCCAUUAUAUAAAAAGGUCAGUAAAUGAUUCUAUAUAAUUGUAAACACUCUGAAGUGGGAAAGGGGCAGGAUUAAACAAGCUUUGCUUCUUCCUAUUCCUUUUCGGACAUGAUGUAAAGUGAAAUGAUAUGAAAUUGUGUGAUGUAUUAUACUGUAAGUGUGUUCAUGUUCCAAAUAAACUAAA